AUGCUGCUGCGCACAAGAGACGCGCUCGUCGGCGGGCUUCUCCUCGGAGAGCACUGCUAUGCGCGCGCCGCCCCGCCAACCGCGGCUGGCCAUGCUCACAGCAGCCGCACUGGCAUUGCAGCCGCUGGCCCCCGCAAACUCACGGGCAGGUUCCUACAUAUCACGGACUUCCACCCCGACCCCUUCUACAAGACGUAUUCCAGCACCACCGCCGCCGCCGCAUGCCAUCGCAAGCGCGGCCCGGCUGGCAUCUACGGCGCAGAGACGACGGGAUGCGACUCGCCCUAUGCCCUCGUCAACCAGACGUUCCAGUGGAUACACGACCACGUCAAGGAUGAGGUCGACUUUGUCGUCUGGACCGGCGACUCGGCCCGCCACGACAACGACGAGGAGAUACCGCGGACGCACCAGCAGAUUAUCGACCAGAACGAAUUUAUGGUCUCCAAGUUUGUCGAGGUCUUUGGCCAGACCAGCCCUGGCCAUGGGACGGGUGACUUUGUGGUACCCAUUGUGCCCACUUUUGGCAACAACGACAUUAUGCCUCACAACAUCUUCACCAGCGGGCCAAACACGUGGACCAUGAGCUACCUCGACAUCUGGCGCAAGUUUAUCCCCGAAGCGCAAAGACACCAGUUCCAGCAGGGCGGCUGGUUCUCCGUCGAGGUCAUUCCGGGGAAACUGGCUGCUAUAAGCCUCAACACCAUAUAUUUUUUCACGUCAAAUUCGGCUGUUGACGGCUGCGCGAAAAAGCACGAACCCGGCUACGAACACAUGGAAUGGCUGCGCAUCCAGCUCCAGAUUCUACGAGACCGCGGCAUGAAAGCCAUCCUCCUGGGCCACGUACCCCCCGCUCGCGUCGAUAGCAAGGAGAGCUGGGAUGAGACGUGCUGGCAAAAGUAUACGCUUUUUGUGCGGCAGUUUAGAGAUGUCAUUGUUGGCACUCUCUACGGACACAUGAACAUUGAUCAUUUCAUGCUGCAGGAUUUCGAACAUAUUGCAAAGGAUACCGAGGAUGGCAGGAUGGGUGCCAUGUGGAACUCAGCUGGUCUGGGCAACGAGACGAAGCUGCUUGUGGAUGGCGAGGUCACGGUCGCGUCUGCGUCGGACUAUCUGCUGGAUUUGCGCAAGGUUUGGGCACGACUGCCUACACGGCCGGCGAACCCAAACAAGUCUACACAAGAAUUGGAAGAGGAAGAGUCAGCAUGGGAGUGGCUUGUGUCAAAGGUCUUUAAGCCAUCAAAAGACAAGGAGCAGAAGAAGAAAUACCUCGCAGAGAUUGGAGGCAAAUACGCCGAGCGCUUUGCAGUAUCGCAUGUCUCCCCGAGCGUAGUACCAAACUACUUUCCCACGCUCCGCAUCAUCGAGUACAACAUUACCGGAUUGGAACAUCUGAGUGUUUCCUCGAGCCCCAGCAGCCCGUCAGGGGACGAUAAUUUCGCCGACCAGCCAUUAUCUGAUGACUCGAUUGAUGAGGAUUCAGAGGAUGUGGAUGCUACCAAGAAGAAGAAGGGCAAAAAGGGGUCACGAAAGUACAAGUUCAAGGUUCCAGAAGGCCCUUCCAAGUCAGCACCUCCUGGCCCCGCCUACUCACCUCAGCCACUUACAUGGACACGCUUCGUUCAGUACUACGCAAACCUUACCCGUAUCAACAAUGACUUUGUCGAAUCUGCGGCGGACCAUCAAAUAAUCUCUACAAAUGACAUGUCCGUCACCACCAUCUUUGGAUUCGCCGUCAGUCCAGACGGACGGAUAGAAAACAAGAAAUGGAACGAGGGAAAGCACAAAAAACACCAAGGCAAACAACCCCGGCCCGAACCGCAUCCAAACGAGUUUGUCUUUGAGGUGGAAUACGACACGAAGAAAGACAAGGGCUUCAGCGAUCUGACCGUACGCCGCUGGGUCGAGUACGCGCGCAAGAUUGGCUCCGCCGAGCCCAAAGCAGUCACAAAAGCACAAGAUGUUGAAGACGACUUCACUACCGACGACGAGUACAUUGACGCCCAAGGCAAAAAACACAAGCACAAAAAGGGGAAAAAGGGAAAACACCACAAAAUGUCAAAGCAAUGGUUCACCUUUGUCAAGCGCGCCUUUGUAGGAACCCUGGAUUCUGAAGAAAUCAAAUCGCUAUUCGGUGGCUCGACAUCUACCACUGCACAACAACAACAACAAGAAGAGUCGCUGGAAGAUGCUCCGGAGCAGGAAACGAUUGAACUGUAGAGUCAUGCAUGCAAAAUUCAGGUUGUAUGU